GCCGCCCAAUCAUAAUACUCUUCCUUGAGUUAUCUUAUCAGAUAGGCUGCUUUCGUCCACUCAUCAUCCUCGAAUUUCCGUCUCGAGCAUGCCCGUCUCUCUCUCAGACCUCGAGGCUGCCAUUCGAAAUGCAAUCCCUGUCGCACAUCUAGAGAUUGACGACCAGUCGAGUGGCUGUGGAGAGAACUAUGCGGUUCUGAUCGUGAGCGAGGCAUUCGAGGGCAAAUCCACCCUUGCAAGACAUCGGUUCAUUAAUGAGGUCCUAAAGGCUCAGAUUGCACAGAUGCAUGCUUUCUCUCAGAAGACGUUCACGCCAAAGCAGUAUGAAGCAUAUCUACAAAAAUCCUCAUGACAGAAUAUUAGAGAUGGCGAUCAUGAUACCUUUUGUGUCCAUAACGAAUCGAAGGGUGUAGCUUCAAGGCAGAAUAGAAGUGUGUAAAUGUAUCUAUAAUGUACAAUCAUGGAGUACAGGUCCAAAACCGAAAAUGGAUGUCAUGCGAAGUGGAUACCAACGUCGUGGAAUGAUGACAGUAAUCUGAGACGCAUCCCAUGUCAACAGGAUAUACUUUAUUUCAAACUCUGGACUCACUUUAGAAGAUCAUCGACGUCCAUUUUUGCUGCGCGAUGUUCUGAGAAACCAGAAUCCUCAAGGACCAGUUCGACUUUCUUCUUGAUGUCAAAGUCAUCCUCGACCAUCUAGCAAGAACCAGUCAGUUAUGUUAGGCCAGGUCAAACCUUCUAAACUUACAACAUCGUUUGCAGCCGCC